GGCAAAAUCGCACAAUUUCAGACGCUCUCUCGCUAAUGGUUGCCAUAGAGCCACACCUCCCUUGCAUUUCCACACUUGUUUUCCUGGACCUCGCACCCACUCUUUAAGUCUUUAAUCCUUUGAGCUGCGGACAUGUCUCUUGAUCCUAUCAAAAUGGCAGGGAAGCUAAUGAAGGCAGUUCAGUAUAAUGCCUACGGUGGCGGACCAGAUGGCUUACAGCAUGUUGAAGUGCCAGUUCCCACUCCCAAUAAAGAUGAGGUCUUGUUGAGAGUAGAAGCAGCUAGUCUCAAUCCAUUUGAUUGGAAAGUUCAGAAAGGCAUGCUGCGGCCUUUUCUUCCUAGCAAGUUCCCUCACAUACCAGCUUCUGAUGUGGCAGGUGAGGUUAUAGAGGUUGGACCGGGAGCCAAAAACUUCAAAGUUGGUGAUAAAAUUGUAGCUAUGACUAACCCCAGGAAUGGCGGUGGACUGGCGGAGUUUGCUGUGACCAAGGAAAGCUUGACAGUUGCAAGACCACCUGGAGUUUCAGCAGCCAAUGUCGUCGGUCUCCCGGUUGCAGGAUUGACAGCUCACCAGGCUCUCACUCAAUCUGCUGGCAUCAAGCUUGAUGGAAGUGACAAGAAGGCAAACAUUCUGAUAACUGCUGCUUCAGGUGGAGUGGGCCACUACGCGGUUCAACUGGCUAAGCUGGGAAAUGCACAUGUGACUGCUACUUGUGGUGCCCGCAACAUUAAUCUUGUCAAGAGAUUAGGGGCUGAUGAGGUUCUUGACUACAAGACCCCAGAUGGGGCAGCUCUAAAGAGCCCAUCUGGUCGAAAAUAUGAUGCAGUUAUUCAUUGUGCAACCGGCAUUCCUUGGUCUACUUUUGAACCUAAUUUGAGCCCAACUGGAAAGGUGAUUGAUAUUACUCCUGCUCCUAGUUCCCUCAUCACAUUUGCCCUGAAGAAACUUACUUUCUCCAAGAAGCAGCUGGUGCCACUGAUCUUGUUUCCAAAGGGUGAGAACCUCCUUUAUCUUGUUAACCUGGUCAAGGAAGGGAAGCUCAAGACAGUGAUUGACUCAAAAUAUCCCUUGGCCAAGGCUGAAGGGGCUUGGGCUAAGAGUAUUGACGGCCAUGCCACUGGGAAGAUUAUUGUUGAGCCUUAAAGUAAAUAUAAUGGGACCUGGAAUUGCUGAUCUUGAUGUAAUUAAAUGAGAAACAUUGUUUACUUUA